GUCUUCCUGUUGGACGACGACAGGCAACGAGCUCGCGUUCUCACAAAUCGCUGAUUGGAUUUCGUGCGAUUUUGAUUGACGGACGGGAUUUUUAUAAAAAAGCGAAAAACUUUUACAUCGGUUAAAUAUUUUCUUCAUUAAUGAAAAUUACGUGUUGUAAAAUAACUACUUUCACCGGAUACAUCGAUAAUUAGAUUACGAAGAAGGGGGCUUGUAAAAUUACCCCACAAAUUCGGAAUUUCUGAUACAAUGUCCCCGUGUGUAUGGUCAGUUGCCGAUAUAUUUGUGUGAUGUACUGUGCUCGUUUAAGUGACAAAGCAAAAGCGUCGGCUCCCAUUCGAGACUAUUAUCCUAUUCGUGAUUACGUUGGGCCGGGAACGGGCCAGCGGGCUUAGUUGCCGCGGGGACUCCAAAGCGGCAAAUACGGAGGCGCAGAUCCUGCACCGCAUCAUUUAUCGUCAGGAUUGCGAUUUGAAGAUGGUGCAGCAGGAUUUGACUUAGGUGUGGGCCGCUGUCGUAUGGACAAGCGAUUAGGAAUGGCUCGAGGCGGCUCCGUGUGAGCUGUGGACACUGACUGACAGUGUAGUGUUGUGUGGUGUCUAGUCACAGUGAGUGCGUGUGUGUGAGUGACGGUGGAGCCGGGAUGCCCUCCGCAAUGUUGUCGGCAGUGCUUGAAGAGGAACCCGACCUGUACGAGGCGUUCCCACCUCACGUUGACCCCACUGGCAUCACCAUUCUCACUGAUAGCCCACCAGGCAAGAAAGCGCCCCUCAAGACCUUCGAAGAGAUACAACCCCUGAUCCAGCAAGCCCGCAAGCGCGAACUCAAGAUACUCAUCAGAGAGAACUCCUGGCCCAUCAACAGCCCCGUGCGCGCCGCUCUCUGGCCCGCGCUCUGCAGGCAGCACCAACAUGGAAAGUCUAUGCUCGACGGAUUCUACUGGGACAUGGUUACACAGGUUUUCGGCACAGUGGAGCUGCCCGACAAGCCGAUCAUGCUGCCUCCGUUCGUGGAGGCGACCCACUGCCUCGGGUACCACCUGACCCGCAAGGGGCGCGCGGUGGCCGACCGCGUGGUGUCCGUGCUGGGCUAUGCGUGUCCCGACAUCACGUACAGCCCUAGCUUGUACCCGAUCACCGCCGCGCUCCUGCACUUCAUGCCUGAGGAGGAGUGCUACCACUGCAUGGCCAGCCUGGUCGCGUCCAAGGAGAAGAUGUUCAUCACGCAGACGAAGCUGCUCAACGAGGUCACGUGGAAGACGGUGAUGCAGAUCGCCAAGAAACAUGCCAAGUCGGCGGCACAGCACCUGUCGCGGCUGUCGGGAGCGAUCGGUCCCGAGCGCAUCUACGCCGACUGGCAGUGGUGGAUCCUGGCUGCGCUGCCCUUCCCGCACCUCGUACGAGUCCUAGACUGCUUCUUCCACGAGGGCAUCAAGGUGUUCUACAGGGUGGCAUUAGCGAUACUGAUCCUCUUCAACAAGCACUCGACGAAUCAGAACUCGGAGUGGUACGCGGAGGCGACCAAGAACGGCGUCGACCACGCCAUCGACAAGUUCUGCAGGAACAUGCCAGCGUCUCCCACCAAGCUGUUGAGGACGGCUUUCAGCAUCAGAGCUCUAAGUUCACAGUACAUAUCCAGGGUGUUCAUUAAGACCGAGAUGACCCUCAAGUCGAAGCAAGUGAUCACCGGCUCCCGGCUCGUCCGAUCCAGGUCGUCUGAUAACCUUCCCACCAGCCAGUCGCAGGUCAACAUCCAGAUGAUGUCGCACACACUCACGAUACGAGAGAAAAUGCCUGAGGAAACGGGCAAACAGAUGAGCCCGCGCUCCUCACACCUGGCCCUGUGGUUCCCAUUCCCUAACGCGGUGUUCAAGGACCAGCGCCAACACUCCUCCGACCUCAGGCAGAAGCUGUUCACUCUUUGGUCGUGGCUCCCGGUCCGCAUCACGAUGUAUCAGCCAGUGCUGCUUUAUACAACUGAGGAGCACGGCUGUUCACUAACUACCUUCUACGUGCGUGUGGAGCAUCAUGAGCCCACGCUGCUGAUGAUCAAGACUUGCAACAACGAGGUGUUCGGAGCAUAUUGUUCGACGCGGUGGUUCGAACGAAACCAGAAAGACGAGCGCGGCAACCGGCAGGCCUACUUCGGGACCGGCGAGACAUUCCUGUUCAGCCUUUACCCGGAGCGCGCGAAAUAUCCAUGGGUGGGCGUCGCCGCUCCAGACAGUAAGGGCGAAGACACCCGCUUAUCCCACGGCUCCGAACUCUUCAUGGCGGCCGACUCCAAGAUGAUCACCAUCGGCGGCGGUGACGGGCAAGCGAUCUGGAUGGACGAGAACAUAAGGUUCGGCAAGACUGACCGCUGCUCCACCUUCAACAACCCGCCUCUGUGCCCCAGCGGCGACUUCGAGAUACGAGUUUUGGAGGUCUACGGCUUCUCUGGCGCAUGAGCGCCCACGGAGUGAUAUAAUCUCGAUAUCAACGUGAUUUGAGUGCCACAUCCCUACGGUUGACACCCAUGUGCUUUUUUAAAAGGCAUUUGCAGUGGAACACCUCAGAUUAAGCCAAAUUUGAAAUCAAUGUGUUCAUUUCUUAUUGCUUCACUGUUUUCUCAAAGAAUUCUAAUCGGAAGACUUUUGUACUUUAUUUAUUGUACCUGGCAACACAGUCUUGGAGAUGAUCUAUGGUUUUACAUAGACAAAGUUUACCCUGUUGCAGUAGUUUUGAUUAUAAUUUACAAUGUAAAAUUGACUGAGGAAAUAAGUUCAGAAAUAUGCAAAGAAUACAUUAUUUUGAAUUUUGUUUUUGAACACGAUUAUGGUAUUGACAGUAUUUUCAGUUGAAAAAUGCCUUUAUUAAAAAAGCAGAUGAGUGAAAAUCGUUUGUAAUCGGGAUGUUGUACAGUUACUUUUGUUACAUGGUGUCAUAUCCCCGAGUGUGAUAAUGUUGUGAUCGGGGCCGCUGUGCAAGCCGGUCGAGACUCCGGAAUAUUCGCCGCCAUUUUCGCGACCUAUCCAAUCCGUGAACAUCGAAAUAAUCAUAUUGUAUUUUUACGAAAUAAACAAAAAAACGCACUCUCCAAGUGUCUUUCUACUUAGCCGAUGCAAUAUUUUUGUUGCAAACUCAUGUAAUUGUAUACUCUCGCGAAAAUUACGUAUGACAGUGAAAAACUUUAUUCGAUGUAUUGAUAGUCCCUUGCCGUUAACAGACUGUGUAGUUGUAUUCCUAUAUUUAUUCUACGAAUCGUAAAUCUCUGUGUGUGGCCCCGUAGCUAUCCUAUCGAUGUGAACAUAGCUGUCCUUUUAAGACAACGAAGACGGGGAAAGUAGGUUGUUUCGAUGUAUAUUUACUCGUGUUUAGAUGUCUGAGUGUAAGUACAAAUUGAGUGUAUCGUACCUACUCUUGAUGGAUUUAAUACGCUUAUAUGAAAGCAAUAUGUAUCUGUGGGGCCUAGCCGUGCGGUGAAGUUGUUUCGCCGGCGUCGUGUGAACAUUCCAGCGACUCGGCCGUGCCCGACGCACUCGGUCGCCGCGAAACAUCCAUUACAACCUCUGUUCGUCUCGUUUGGACUCAGAAGGCUGGCGGGUGCGGUCAUAAACUACGCCAUAGACAAUGCGCCUUGUUUCUUUCCGAAAAAAAAAAAAAACAAAACGCAUUCAAAAUGGAACAACCAAUAUUGGCACUGUUAAUUGGUCCAAACGUCAGUAUUUCGGUAUCAUAUGAAAUAUCAUUGUCGCUUUUAGAUAUAUAAAUGUAAUAAUAUACUCAAACUGUAAUCACUUGUCGUUGCUCACAAAAAUAUACCAAAGAAAUUAAUUGUAGAGAGCCUUGCUUUUCUGUUCGUAUGUUCGAUCGUUAAGGUUUAUAUCACCGUCGCAUGUUUUGUAUAAGAACUAGAACGCACACGUUUUUUGAUCCAUAUUUGUCGAACAUAUCUAACAGGGAGGCAAAUGGGGGUUAUUGGGGAGUCAUUUUUUGUCAAAUAUUUUUAUUUCUUUCCAAAAAAGUUGCUCUUUUAAAGUUUAUUUUUGUCGAUACCUUUACGCCACUUAAAUAUCAUUCAUCUGAACAGUCAUUCAAAUGUUUAGUGACAAAAUCGAGGUAUUUGACAUGAAUAAACUUUAAAAGUAGGUAAUCGAUUGACUGAUUGACUUUCUUCAUUAAUCCCCUCUAAAAAGGCGGCUGCACACGUACGGUAAACUGGUGUAUUUUCUACGUUUACUCAACGCAAUUAUUAGAACUUAUAUCAACCGAUUGUCGCCCAGAUAAGUCAACGUAGCUGAAACUUAGUUGCCUGCGUGCGCGCCGUCUUUGUAAUAUGUCGGUGAUUAUAACACUGCCAUUUGCAGUUCAUAGUAUUAUUUAACGCGUAUUCGAAGGUUAUGUGCCAAAAUUGGACCUAUAUUAUUGGAUAUAAAUUGGUUGGAAUGGCCUGUCUAAAGUAUUGCAAGGAUUUCAUUUUUUUAUAACUUUUAAUUUUAAAAGUAUUUAAUUUUACGUACACGCACAUUGUGUAUUAUUAAUUUACAUCAAAAUUGAUUUGACGAAGCGUUAGUGGAUGAUUUUUUUUGAGGAUUAUGAUUGGCUAUUUAUGUAUGGAAUGGCAAAACGAGUGUUAUGUAAUUUAGGCGUUCGCAAUGCAACGUAUUAUCGAUACAAAGUCACAACUUUUACAAGAUACAUAUCCCUGUUGGUACAAAGGGGUCGACCUGCGUUCAUAUCACCCGCGGCUUAUUCUGCCUACUUUAUUAUUAUUUUGUUUUGUAAAUAUUUGAGUUAGGUCGCUGCGCGCUGCAUCGCGCCGUCGCGUCGGUCCAGUGCGCAUUGACGUUUGAAUGUAGUGAAAAUGGGAUUUGUCAUGGUACUACAAACAAUAUGUUUAUCAAAAGCCUAAGACUUGUUUUAAAUUCAGAUAAUUUAUGUAAUUUAUUGAGUAGGUAACAUGUAAUAUUUUAUGUACGUUAACUAGCGUCUUUGUGCGGGCGGAGGGAAGACUAUCGCCCGAUGCGUUAAUUGACUAUUAUGUAUUAUUAAGGCGGUUGUGUUUGCCACCGCGUGUGACGUGGCAUCGGCGUUCGUUAGCUUAGUUCCGUCCGCCGUCCGCAGAGCGGCGCCACUCGCGAUAUGUUGCUGUUAGCCAGUUCGUCGUUGAUCAGUGUAAAGUCUAGUCUUUAUCCUGUUUUUUUAUCUCUAACGAUAUAAUUAUAUCUAAAUAUUUACGAAUCGAUAUUUAAAAUAAAAUGUGCGAUUUAGUUCCGCUCAAGGAACAAGUAGGCUCGUGGUUAGUUAGUGUAUAAGUACAUUUAAUGUAAAAUAAUACAGUUAUUAAUCUCCAUUCUCCCUUUCAGUAUUUGUGGUGUAUGUUUUUUUAUGUGAGAGCAUAUGGAGCGCGAGCUUUGUUUUGUUACAGUGUACUGUUACAUUCGAGUAGGUUUAGGCCGCCGCAGUGGCGGUGCAACUCGUUUAUGGUAAUGUAAAUGUUGCUUUAUAAUGUCUACAAAAUAUAUAAUCCUGUAUACAAA